UCCAAACACCAAAAGCAACCGUUUCAAAGUUUGUGAAAAUUGUGCACCGGUGCCAAAUUCAAUCAUGGCUAACUUUUUACCAUCGAAAAUCGUGGCACAGCUCAGCAAACGGCGUUUAAAGUAUAACAAAGUUUAUAUUGAAGAGAGUUUGGCGGUAUUUCUGGCUCGAGGUGAAAUGACUGAGCAUGAUUUCGACAUUAUAGCUGAUCGUUUACUGUCUAAGGUGGCCGUGUAUCCAAAAAAAUGGCAAGUAAACGCAGUGAGUGGUGUAUUGGAAUAUGCUGACGUCAAAGUCGAUCAACAACCACAUGCAGUUGAUGAUGAAAAUGCAGCGGGAAUCGAUGGAGAGGUCGCUCAACAACCGUGUGCAGUCGAUGAUGAAUGUAUGACGGAAAUCGAUGACAAGCAACAACCAAUGAUUGUGCAUCAGACAACUUGGGAUCGUGAUAUCGUGGCCGCCAAAUGCAUUCUCAUCAAAGGACAUUGUAACCUGUUUGGACUGGAUAUCCCGCUAACAUUGCAGAGACCACGUCGACAACAAGCAGUUCAAAAUAAUCAACAGCCUUAAGCAUAACCAAUCACCAUUUUAACUCGAAAAUUAAUUAAAAAUUAAUAUUGUAAUUUUGUUACACUAACUGAGACUUGACUGUUGUGUCUCAGCAUUUCGAGGAAGUACUAUCAAGGCUCU